CAAAUUUUUUUUCUAGAAAAUCAUCUAUACAGAGGGAGUACAUUCUAAUAAGAACAACAUUACUUUUAAUGCAUAAUCAACGGAGACAAGCAAGUCUAUUACUCAAAAGAUCACGUUUUUGAAAAUUACUGAUGUAUUUUCUUAUGUAUUUCUUAAUAAAUAGAUAGUAACAUCAUGGUUCCCAGCAAAGUAGAUAGUAUAUAACUUUACGACACUUUGUUGUUUUAAUUUAUUUUGUAAGAUAGUAGAGCAGUCGACAAAGCCAAAUCUGGACCGCAUAUAUAUAGUCGUACAGAUUUGAGUGUUAAGCUCAUACCUUUUAAGGGAAGUCUUCUUUUUGGUUUCAGCUGGGUUCCAGUUUCAUUUCUAUAAGAAGAUAUCUCUUAGACAUCUCGUCUCUAUUAAUUCUCUGUUUAUGCGUUUUAAUCCAAGUUCAUAAGAACAGAACAGAAACAGAGCAAGAAACUAAAAAAAAAAACAGAGUUUAAGACAGAGAAGUCUCUCAUGGAUGUAUAUACUUUCAAUGUUUCUUUAUCUCUGUGUAAAGAUGUUGCCGGAAUCGCAGAUGAAGAUGCUUGGUUUGCUUUUUGUGGUGUUUGCUGUGGUUGGAUUGAUUGUAGCUGGAAGUUUGCAGAUUCCUGACCAGCUCACACGAUGGUACUUUGUCGGGUUCUUGAGCUGCGGUUCUCUUGUCUCGAUGUCUGCCUCACCUUUGUUUGUUAUCAAACUAGUGAUACGGACUAAGAGCGUUGAGUUUAUGCCUUUUUAUCUCUCUCUAUCGACUUUCUUGAUGAGUGCUUCCUUCUUACUUUACGGGUUAUUCAACUGGGACGCCUUUGUUUAUAUACCAAAUGGAAUAGGAACUAUUCUUGGUAUAGUGCAGCUGGCUUUGUACUGUUACUACCACAGGAAUUCUAUAGCAGAAGAAACAAAAGAGCCUCUGAUUGUUUCUUAUGUGUGAAAUUAGCACAAAGAUUUGAAUUAUUUGUUGUUAUUGUUGUUGUCUACUUUGUGUAGCUUCUUGUAACCAUAUCUACCGCGGCUUUCCUUCUCUCAUGGCGUGCAAUUUAUCCUCUCGCUUCUGGUCAUGAUCCAAGGAUGGAGAUUUUUUUCCAGUUUUGAUGGCUCAAAAUUGCUGAAGAUUAUCUGAAGACAAAUGACAGAUUCACUAUUGUGGGUUUUGUUCGAUUUGAAGAACAACCUUUGUCCAUAUAUUGUUUUUUUUUU